GAGCCUAACACAGGCUGUGUUCAAAUAAAGUUAUUAUUUACAUAUAACGGUGUGAAGUUAUAUGACACCUACUGUACAUAAAAAACGUAAGUCGCAAUUACAUUUAUUUGCAUUUUCACAAAUACAUGACACAACAUGAUCAUCAUCGCAUAACUAUGCUAGAUGAAAUCAUCCAGACAACAAAAAGACAGUUUUCUACAAUAUUCUAAUACGAAAUCUGAGACAUUACGAGUUUCCUUUUCUAUUCGUGUGUGGGUCAGAAGUCCCGACGCUUUCCAGUAAAACGAGUGAUUUUUAGCGCAAUUUGAGAUAAAGAAAUAAAGUUUAUGCUACAGUUCAUGUCAGAUUUAAUACUUGGUCGGAUCAAACAUGUUGUUUAAAUGUGACAUAAGCCUGUCGUUACAUUGCUGUGGGCAUGCCUGCAGGAUAUUCUGACCGGCAGGUUGCAGAUUUCCCAACACAACAGGAGACUUGCGUCAGGUCUGUUUUUUAAGGAGACUGAUAGCGCCACUCUUUCGACGAAUCAGAUUCCUGGAUUCACCGCCACUUAACCCCCUCCUUGUUCGAGGACUCCAUCGGCAUUUAUCUCUGAAUCAAGUGGAAGCAUUAAGACAACCAAACAGUCAGAAUGUUUGACUUUAAGAUAAUCUUUUCUUUUCUUGUUUUAACGGGUUUCGCCUGUAAGUCACGCUGGUUUGCACAUGCAGCCUCACCGCAGAUGUUUUCUGAACAUUUUUACAACGCGAGUGUUUCUAAAGGAGCUGCUUCUGACGACGCUGAGGUCGAAUUAUCAGUGGUCGAAGGAGGAAACCUCACCGUCUUCACUACGACCAUUCUAUCAGAGGAAGACCCCCAGAUUCUGACCAGCCGACUGCACGAAGCAUCAGAAGAUCUGAUCGCACAGCUGACCUGUUACAAUAACAACUGCACAAGUGAAGGCUCGGAACCUGCUGUUUUUAUUCGUUACUAUGCUCAGAAUGUUACAAUUGUCAUCGUGAACGCCACCCGCAACCAAACGGGGCGAUACAAAGUUUACGUACACAGCGGCACGCGCAACGAAAACUGGAUGUAUGUCAUAACUGUAUUCGAGUCUACACGCAGCCCAGAAUCUCCUCCUUCUUACAUCAUCAGUAAACCAGUAACUGCGGGUAUAGGUGCUACUGUGGGCAUAUUGGUCUUGGCUCUCAUCAUUGGUGCCAUAUACCGCAUAUACCGCAUAUACCAUAGGAAGGGGGUGUUUCAGAGCGUGCCGGAUGAGGUGCCUUAAACCUCGCAGCCAGCAGAACUAUACGAGCUGUUGAGAAUGAUCUUCUUGAUCGAUCACUGUACAUCUGUACUGUUUCUGAAUGCAGGUGCUGUGGAUUUAAAGUGCACAGAGACUGUUUAUGGUCCUCUAAUACAGCACACGCCUAGUACUCGACUGACCUGACUGGGCAAACAUGAAAUGUUGAAAUGUUAAAACACGUUCUUGUAUUUCAGUUUAAUGUGUGAUGUCAGCUGUAAAAAUCCCGUCUGAGGGUAAACAUUGCUCUGAUUGUUUAUACAGCGGGACAUUCUUAGAUAAUAAUGGGUGGGGCUGCAGGAGUGUGUGUAAACCUGUAAACCAUUGUUUGCAAUCGUGUUAGUGAAAGAAAUGACUUCACCUUUAACAAAGCCAAAAAUGAGCCAGUGAAAAAAGAACAACCGGAUAUAUUUCAUAGUGACACAUGAAUGUGAUUUAAAGAACAGAGAUCCUAGACUAUUAGCAUUACUUAACUUACAUGCAUCUUGGAGAUAUCUAUUUGAUGUCUGCAUUUACAUCUGCAAAACAUAUUUUUUGAUUGUUUGUUCAUCUGCAAUAUAUCUCUGAGACGUCUCAUGUCAGAUGUCAGAUGUCAAAUAGACAUCUAGAAGAUGUCUGUAAGAUGUUUAUGGUUUCUAAUGUAAAAUGGCCUUUUCUAAGACGUUUUCUAAGAGGAUUUUACAAAGCAGAUCUUUAGCAGACAUCUUACAGAUGUACCUGUGUUAUCUAGCAAUAAGAAAACAUUGUUAUUUGAUUGGAAGACCAAAGCCCAUUUUUUAUUAAUUGCUUAUUUAUUUUUGUGUUAUUUUAUAUUAUUUAUUAUUUUUUGUAUUAUUUUUAAACAAAUAAAUGAAGAUACCACAAAUGU